GAAAAUGAUUAAGAGAAAAGAUGCUAGAAGAGCAUUCAAUCGAUACAACAGGACAUUAUAUCGAGAAUAACAAUGAUUCAUAUACAAGUGUGUAUGGAAAUAAUACACAAUGAUUAGACUUGAUAGAAAAUGCUGAUGUAUAUUUCAAACAAUCUGAAGAGAAAUAUACAGGUAAAACAAUCUACAAACCUAGAUCUAUUCUUCUUGAUGAAGGAGCAUCAGAUAUCGAAAAGAUCUUGUGAAAAUCUUCAUCAAAAUGACUUGAUCCAAGUUCUAUCAUAUACAAUAAUGGGUGAAAUGCGAAAAAUUCAUUUAAAUACCCAGAGGAAAAUAAUGAACAAAGUAAUUCUCAGCAUUUUCUUUCUGAAGUCAGAAAAUAAAAUUGAAGAGUCAGAUAGAAUUCCUGAAAUUCAGAUUAUUUUUAGUCUUGAAGGUUCAGUUCAAUCAAGAUUUUUUAAUCAUGAUAUGAUAUCUGGAUUAAUUUUGGAUGAAACUUCUUCAGCAGAAGUUGUAGCGCAUGCACUCUUUCCAGAUGUUGAAGCAGGCAGCUAUCCUGUAGGUUUGGGUUUGUACAACUCAGUUGAAGGAAUGUGAAAUUUAAUCGAACUCUCAAGCAUCUCUUUCAUCUAUACAAACCACGGAAUGAGUAAAAUAAAUGAGCUUAUGUAUCCUCAAGAUCAUUUCGAAGAUUCCAACCUCUUUGGCUAUGAGUUAGAGUGGGAAAAAUAACAACCAUGUUGUUGCUGACUAUAUAUCAGACUUGACUAGUAUCUCUCGUUUUCCAAUGUAUUCCUCUUCUUGUUACCGUAAAAUUGCUACAAACAUGGUUCAGUUUCCUCGGAUACAUUUUCUGACAGGAUUUUUAUCUCCUCUGGGUACUACUGAACCUCAGUCGGCAGAAGAUCUUUUCAAGAACCUUCAUACACAUAAUCUAAGUUUAGCUUCAUUUAUACAGCUGAGCCCACCUGAAAAUUUUGAAAAACCAACUGCCAAUCAAGAUGUUUGGAUGGAAGAUAGAGAAUCAGAAAGAGUCUGGAAUAAUAUAGAAUCCAGCUUACUUACCUCUUCUGGCAUUUUUAGACUUUCUGAACCAGAAGAUACUUCAGAGAUAGAAAUGUUAUAUGAGGACUACUGCCCCAAUAACAAUGAAAACAGUACCCAUCAAGCUUUCUCUGAUAUGCCAAGAGUAAAUCCUUUAACAAAAGAGAAGUUUGCAAGUCAUGCUGCAAUCACAGUUAAUUCGCAUGCUAUUAAAUAAAGGAUUGAGAUAUUUGUUCCCUUAUUCUCAGAUCAGACGGAGGUAAGGCCUUCCUUUACCAAGCUCGAAAGUAUGAAAUGGAUGAGCUUUAUUUCGCUGAAAUGGAAGCUAACAUAGCAGAUUUACAUUCAGAAUACACCUAUAAUUAUGGCUAUUAUGAAGAAGAUGAAGAUGAGGAUGACCAAGAUGAAGAUGAAAAUGACUUCGAUUAAGUAAAAAUUAUUUGAGGAACUUGCUUAGUAAGACCAAAAAUGAGUAAAGAUUCAAAAAUGAGUAACAUGAAAUUGAGAAUGCAAGUAAAUAAUUGUUUCAAUUAAAA